UUAUACAACAGGAGACCCGAACAGACCCUGCUGCGCUUUCCGCACGGAGUCCGCACAGCUCGGCUGCCGUUGAACCGGUUUAAUCGGUGUGGUGCGGAGUGAAGCCCGGAGCGGCGGAAGAGGAUGAGAGAGAGGAGCGGGGAUGACAGGCUGCCUUCAGCCGGAGGCUGCCGGGAGAAGCAGCGGUGACGGACGCGCUGGAGCAUGCGAUGGCACAGCGAUCCGGCUAAACGCGUGAUAUUAUGCCGUUUUAUCGGGACAAAACAGGAGUUUAUGAACACCCUCGUGAGGCGGAUGAUCGAAAAUUUCGCUCGUCAAACGUCAAUUCCAUCAAACCGGAGGAGAGAAGCGACGGAAUCGCACAUCACCGCGCAAACAGUAAACUAGUUAAGCAUAGUGAUCCGGAUCAUCUGGAGUCGACUCCGACUCUCAACUCCUGUCGUUGGAACGGUGAAAAAGGGAUACAGCCGAUAUUAAACCACGCUAAACGUAGUUGUUUGAGUAGCUACCGAUUAGUGAUAUGAUGGAAUUUCGUAUAUAAUACCCUGUAAUAUUAGGCAGCUUUGACAAAGGAUUACAGCUGACAAACGUCCCUUGAGCCAAUUACAACGAAAAAACACGGGAGUCGAAGAGUCGACUCCAAGCAUUUCGACACUCCAAGAGUCGGCCCCGGCUCCCAGGCGUGCUGGAGCCAAAGAAUCGACUCUUUUGGAAGCGACUCCCCAUCACUAAGCUAAGCGCGUAACCUACAUGUACGGCUGACUCACGUUCUGUUUUCCCUGAUACAUUUGUGCUCAAAAGCGAAGUCAAAAUGGACAAGCCUCAGCUGGUUGCUGGCUAAUAAACUACAACGACUGUUGUAGGAGCUUAUCUUCGCAUGGAGGUCGACAAAAGCGAACUGAUAUUUGAUAUUUGGGUGAAUUUAACGGGCGAGAAGCGAUUCCGGCAGAUGAUGAGCCCAGUUUACCGUUAGUUAGCUAGCAUGCUAGCGUCCUCCUGAGUAAACAAACAACUCUUGAAACAUUUUUGCAGGCUUUGAGCAAACACGAUAAAAAAUGUCCAUAAGUAUGAAAAACUGCGUGUAAGGAGGCCACCUUCUGUCAGAUUAUCCGUUUAUCAAAUGAAUGGCUGAAUAUACCGGUGUUAUUUCGUAUUUUUUGUUAUAAUUCUCAUUUCAUAAACCCGCGUAUCGCCUAUGACGAGAAAGCUAAUGCUAGUUUUUCAGUAAACAACACAACUCUGAGGUAAACAUUUUCGCGGGCUUUGAACAAACACGAUAAAAAUGCCCAUAAAUACGAAUAAAUUGCGUGUAAACAAACCACUUUUUGUCAUAUUAGCUGUUUAUCAAAGAAAUGGGUGAAUAUACUGGUGUUAUUUCGUAUUUUGUGGUGAUUUUUUCGGUUUAUAAGCCCGCGAAUCGCAUGACGAGAAAGCUUAGCAUUAGGUUUUUCAGGAAACAACACAACACUGAGAACAUCUACAAAAUACAUGGGAAGAGUUUUCUAUCAGAAUAACCGUUUAUGAAGCGAAAGGCUGAAUAUACUGAUAAACUUUUAUGUUUAACAUAUUUUGUGGCGUUUUUCCAUUUAAAAAGACUUGAUAGCAUUCAAUUUUUCCUCAGAAAACAACACUGAGGAGAUCAUUUACAACAAGCAUCUCCAAAUAGAUGCAUGAGGUUAAAUGGCGUGUGGAGAGAGUUUUCUGUCAGAUUAACCACUUAACAUAUGAAUGGCUGAGUAUAUUGGUGUAAUUUUAUACUCUUUUGAUUUUUCUUUUGUAAAUUCUCACGAAUGUGAACUAAUACAGAUAUGGAGUUUGGCUUAAUGGGUUGGAAACUGUAUCAUCUGGACUGAGUUUAUAAUCACAUUGGCUGAACAUGGGGCCAUAUUCAUGGCCAUAUAUUGACUAAAAAUCAUUGUAUUCACAGUUUUCUUAAAUGUACCACUACUGAUGCUUUUUUGCUGAUUCAACUCAUCGGAUAUCGGAGAAAAUAUUGUGACAUUGAGUAUUGUGAUACUAUAAUUUUGCCAUAUCGCCCACCUCUAGCUGACCAUGUGGCCAAGUAGCCAACAAAUGUGAAUACCUGUAAUCGAAGCUAACUGAAACAAGCUUCAGAAAGCCAUAGUAGCCUAGUCUACGUGAACGUUGUCUUCACGAGCCUGCAGCAAUGAGCAGGCUGCGCAAGAAAGCUUGUGUGGCUCUUUUCCUGUUCACUCUCUUCAUCUUCGGGACCAUGAUGGGCUUACGGACCCUCAAGCCCAGCGACGGCUUCUCGGACCUCGCUCCGGGGAUGGAAAGGGCCCCGUUCGCGGCCGAGAGAGCCGAGAGGCGAGCCGAGACAGAGAGCGACGUUUCGGACACUAAAAUCGUCUUCUCCAACUCCGGCCACGAGCACAGCAUCUUCUACGACAUCCAUAUCUUCUACUACCUGUGGUACGGUGCGCCUCAGACGGACAGGGGCUACAUCCACUGGGAUCACGUACUGGUUCCUCACUGGGACCCCAAAAUAGCGGCCAGUCACCCCAAAGGCAGGCACAGUCCACCCGAGGACAUCGCCUCCAGCUUCUACCCUGAGCUUGGACCCUACAGCUCCAGAGAUCCACACAUCCUGGAGUCGCACAUGGCCCAGAUCGAAGCUGCUGCUGCAGGUGUGGUGGUGCUGUCCUGGUACCCACCUGGCGUGGCAGACGAACACGGAGAGCCCACUGAGGAUCUGGUGCCCGCCGUUAUGGAUGCUGCCCAUAGGCACCGUAUCAAGGUGGCGUUUCACAUCCAGCCCUACAGAGGCCGGACGGAGCUCAGCAUGCACGAGAACAUCAAAUACAUCAUUGACAAGUAUGGAAAACAUGGCGCUUUCUACCGAUUCAAGUCCAGCACAGGGAAAGUGCUUCCCUUGUUCUACGUGUAUGACUCUUACCUGACUCCACCUGAGGCCUGGGCCGAGUUACUGACCUCCCGAGGCUCCCACAGCGUGCGAGGAACUCCGUACGACGGGAUCUUCAUCGCCCUCAUUGUGGAGGAGCGCCACAAGCACGACAUCCUGGCCAGCGGCUUUGACGGCAUGUACACGUACUUCGCGUCCAAUGGAUUCUCUUUCGGCUCCUCUCACCAGAACUGGAAGGCCAUCAAGGCUUUCUGUGAUAGGAACAACCUUCUGUUCGUGCCCAGCGCUGGACCAGGUUACGUAGACACUGCCGUGCGACCGUGGAACAACCACAACACGCGAAACCGAGUGAACGGACGGUAUUAUGAGACCUCACUACAGGCAGCGCUGUCGGUGAGGCCAGAUAUCAUCACCAUAACUUCCUUUAACGAGUGGCACGAGGGCACGCAGAUCGAGAGGGCGGUGCCUAAGAAGACGGUGACUCGUCUGUAUUUGGACUACAAACCGCAUCAGCCUGACCUCUACCUGGAGCUCACCAGGAAGUGGGCGGAGCAGUUUAGCAAGGAGAAGGAGCAGUGGCUAAUGUGAUUGGAGAUGACUGCUUUUGAAUUAUUACAUUUUGAGUGACUUUCAUUGGACCCCAAACUCACAUCUACCACAAAUCCCAGCUGCACCAUAUUAUAACAAAGGAAGAUCAACCUGUUCCCACAAAUGAAGUGUUCAGUUUCGUACGAGGCGGUUUAUUGUUUUUCUGUUCCCUCUGGCCGGUGUUUCAACAUGUUUGCUCAUUUUUAGUACAUGGGACAAGCACUAGGCACCAAGCAGUGUCUGUUAUUUGAAAGGGUUGUCUUAACAUUGGUAAUUGUUUUGUUCCUCUGGUUGGGGGUGAUAUGUUUACCCUGAUUUUCCUUGUAAUCACCAUGUGCUUAUUGUGACUCAAAUGUUUGAUAAAUAAAUAAUUAAACCAA